AUGGUGGUAAUAACAGAUUGUUUUCAAGAUUAUCAAGUUAGCGCGACGCAAAGGGGAAGACCAAAAUUGGUACACAAAGGUUUCAGUUACACGGCACACAUAAUAUACAAAGAUGAUCCUUAUAAAUAUUGGCAUUGCGAUCAAAGGUGGAGAGGUUGUAAGGUUCGAGGAGUAUUAACAUCGGAUGGAAUGUUAUCGUUAAGAGGAAAACACAAUCAUUCACCUAAAAAUUCAUCCGUCGUUAUGGGCCCUUAUUACGAUUUUAAACUUUCCGUUUCGUGUCAGGGUAAACCUAAAAUAAUAUUUGACGGAUUUGGAUUUAACCAAAGGAAAAGAUUAACCGGAUAUAAAUAUUGGAUUUGCGACCAAAGAAGACAAAUAAAUUGUUUAUGUAGUGCAACAUUAGAUUUAAAUACAAAUGCUCUCAUGUUAAAAGGAGAACACAAUCAUAAAAGAAGAAGUGUUAAUUACACCGUGUCGACAACGGCUCGUGGUAAACCGUGCAUACUCAUGGACGGAUACAAAUACCUUUGUCACAUAUUAAAUAAAAAACAACCCAACAAAUAUUGGCAAUGCGAUAGAUAUUUGGGUAAGCAACCUGCUUGCAAGGUUCGUGCCUUAUUAAAAGAAGAUGGUAGAUUUUGUUUAAACGGUCCCCACAAUCAUCCCCCGAAUCCGAGUUUGAUUCACACACACGCGGAAAUACCAUUUUUUAUGAAUUCAGCAUUUUCAACUAAAAUUUUUUCAUCCUCACUAUCGUCCAUAUGA